GUAGACUUGUUCUCGCGAGAAGAUAUUUCGCCCCCAAAGUAAUGGACGUCGGUGGGAACGGUGGUGGGCUACCUGUUAACAACAAACAGAGAGCCAUGAUACCAAAUAAAAGCAGGGGCGAAUUUACUCGCAACCCAAGAAAGGAUUCCGAGGGGCUGUCUGAGUCUCCAGACCUGGAGUUUGAAUAUGCAGAUACAGACAAGUGGGCUGCAGAGCUGUCAGAGCUGUACAGUUAUACCGAAGGACCUGAGUUUGCUCUUAAUAGGAAGUGUUUUGAGGAGGAAUUCAGAGCACAUGUGUCUGAGAGGAAGUGGACAGAGCUCGAUGAAGACCAGCACAGAGCCCACGCUAUGCGCCUGUUGGAUAAUCUGGAGGUUAUUGCUCGGGAGAAGAGGCUGAAGGUUGCAAGGGCCAUUCUGUACAUGGCUCAAGGAACCUUUGCUGAGUGCAGCUCUGAGGCUGAGGUGCAGCACUGGAUGAGAUACAACAUCUUCCUGCUCUUGGAUGUGGGGACCUUCACUGCUCUGGUGGAACUGCUGAACAUGGAGAUUGAUAACAGCGCUGCCUGCAGUAGCGCGGUGAGAAAACCAGCCAUUUCUCUUGCGGACAGCACCGAUCUUAGGGUGCUGCUCAACAUAAUGUACCUGAUGGUGGAAACAAUUCAACAGGAUGACCUGGCUGACAAACCCGAAUGGAAAAUCAUCAGGGAAACGUUCAGAGCAGAACUGGGAUCUCCUUUGUACAACAAUGAGCCCAUUUCUGUCAUGCUCUUUGGUAUGGUGACCAAGUUCUGCAGCGGCCAUGCCCCCCACUUCCCAAUGAAGAAAGUGUUAUUACUAUUGUGGAAGAGCAUACUUUUCACACUUGGAGGCUUUGAGCAGCUCCAAAGCAUAAAGGUUCACAAGCGUGAGGAGUUGGGUCUCCCGCCUCUCCCGGAGGACUGUAUCCGGGUUAUCCGUAGUAUGAGAGCUGCUUCUCCUCCUGCGUCUGCAUCUGACCUUAUAGAGCAGCAACAGAAACGGGCACGCCGUGAACACAAGGCUCUAAUCAAACAGGACAACCUGGAUGCAUUCAAUGAAAAGGACCCGUACAAAGCUGACGACUCGCGCGACGACGAGGAUGACAGCGACGACAACGACAACUCCAUAGAGGCAGAGACGUUCCCACUAGAGAGGGACGAGGUGAUGCCUCCGCCCAUUCCUCACCCCCCGUCGGAGAGGAUGUCCUUCCCCAAAGGUCUGCCGUGGGCUCCCAAAGUCAGGGAAAAGGACAUUGAAAACUUCCUGGAAUCUAGUAGAAGUAAAUUUAUUGGUUACACACUUGGGAGUGAUACAGAUACAAUUGUUGGCUUACCCAGGCCAAUUCACGAGAGCAUCAAGACACUAAAGCAGCACAAGUACAUCUCCAUUGCUGAGAUGCAGAUCGCAAAGGAGGAGGAGUUUCAGAAAACCCCUCUGUCUGUCGGUGAAGAGGAAGUGGAGAUGUGUGCCACAGAGCUGCUCUAUCAGGGCAUUCUACCCAGUUUGCCACAGUACAUGAUCGCUCUGCUGAAGAUCCUGCUCGCAGCAGCUCCAACCUCCAAGGCCAAAACAGACUCCAUCAACAUCCUGGCAGAUGUGUUACCAGAGGAGAUGCCGACCACAGUGCUGCAAAGCAUGAAACUAGGUGUUGAUGUCAAUCGACACAAAGAGAUCAUUGUCAAGGCGAUCUCUGCGGUCCUGCUGCUGCUUCUCAAGCACUUCAAACUGAACCACAUCUACCAGUUUGAGUACAUGGCUCAACACCUGGUGUUUGCCAACUGCAUCCCCCUCAUUCUGAAGUUCUUCAACCAGAACAUCAUGUCUUAUAUCACAGCAAAGAAUAGCAUUUCAGUACUUGACUUCCCUUACUGUGUUGUGCAUGAGCUCCCGGAGUUAACUGCAGAGAGUCUGGAAGCGGGAGACAACAAUCAGUUUUGCUGGAGGAAUCUGUUUUCCUGUAUUAACCUGCUGAGGAUUCUCAACAAACUGACCAAGUGGAAACACUCCAGGACUAUGAUGUUGGUUGUGUUUAAGUCGGCUCCUAUCCUGAAGAGGGCGCUGAAGGUGAAGCAGGCCAUGAUGCAGCUCUACGUCCUCAAGCUGCUCAAGGUGCAGACCAAGUACCUGGGACGUCAGUGGAGGAAGAGCAACAUGAAGACCAUGUCGGCCAUUUAUCAGAAGGUCCGACAUCGCCUCAAUGACGACUGGGCUUAUGGAAAUGAUUUGGACGCUCGUCCCUGGGACUUCCAGGCCGAGGAGUGUGCACUGAGGGCCAACAUCGAGCGUUUCAACAGCCGCCGCUACGACAAGACCCAUACCAAUCCAGACUUCCUGCCCGUGGACAAUUGUCUCCAAAGUGUUCUGGGCCAGAGAGUGGACCUGCCGGAGGACUUCCAAAUGAACUAUGACCUUUGGCUGGAGCGGGAAGUCUUCUCCAAACCUAUUUCCUGGGAAGAACUGCUACAGUGAGCAUUAUCGACUUUGAUUCAGGAGUUUAGAGAAACCACCAUCACUGGUUGCAUUGAUCAGACCUCAGUGAAUGCAGUGUGUUGCAUGUCAUGCACAGAUGCCAUGGAUUUCCACCGUCACGUUGGAUCAGUGUGAGGUUAUGGUCUGACCAGGGGCCGCAACCAAAUGUUUUUCAAGAUAACCUUAGGUCGGUCUGGGUCAUACUUUCCACAUCCACGUGUGCGCAGAGGUCCACUAGAGUCAGUGUGAUGUAAAUCCUGUCAUCUGCCCAGUAUAGUACAGUGUUUCCAUUGUGGUACGGUAUUGUCGUGUUUCCGUCAUGGUACAGUGCGGUUUUGUCGAGUACGGUAAAAAAAAUACGUACCGUACUGUACCAAACUGAACUGUUCCUUUCGAUGGAAACAUGAAAAGAAGUCUGCACAUGCAGUGUGUGCUGAGUCCAGUUACCAAGUCCAGUGAAGGAGACGGUAACCAUGGAAACUGAGCUAGAGAGCGCAUGCGUGGAAUGCUAAACUGACACGCACCCUCGUGUUCGAAUGGAACCACUGGAAAUGCUCUGCGGAUUUGUGGAACGUGGAAAGUAUUACCCAGCCCUUAUCCUACACUAAUGGCGUGUUUCCACUAGCGCGCCUCGACUCACCUCGGCACGGCAGUUAUUUUACUUUUUCAUUAGCGAUAGUACCUGGAACUUUCUCAGGUUGCUCGGGCGAGGUUCCAAGCGAGCUGAGCUGAUACUAUGCGUGACGGCGUCACAGGAAGGGGCUCAAGAAUCAAAGAGAACUAUGCCGAACUGUAAAUAUAAAAACGCGAGUGUUCAGUGACUGUACUGAUAAAAAUCUUUUUAAUCAACUGAUUCUAAUGAUUCAGUUCCAUCGAAAACGACUGCUUUACAAGUCACUAGUUUGUUUUUGUCGCGUUUAAAACAAAGUCACAGCAGUUUCAUGCAGCCGUGCUGUGAUGACUCCACCCACGUUUAGCAUGGAAUGGAAAACCAAACGUUGUCAAGCCGAGGUGAGCCGAGGCGGUACUAUAUAGUGGAAAAACACCCUAAGGAAAAAAAAUCUAAAUCAAAGUGCUAAAUCUUAAACUCAACUCCUACCUGAGAUUUACAGGUGUUUGCUCUACAUGUCCACGUGCCUCUAACCUGCUACAGAGGAUCAGUAAACCUCAACCUCAAAGCACUACAUGACAGUGCGUCAACUCUUGACUUUAAAACUAUUUUUUUUUAAUUAAAAUUGUGGAGGAAAAAAAUGGCAGGGAUCGACAUACAGCAAAGUUAGAAAUAAAUACUGUACUUGUAAACCUUUUAAAAUCUUUACUUCAUCUCCUUCAGAGGGGUAAUGGGACGAAGAGCGUUUGUUUUUUUUAGUCUGGAUUUCUGUUUGUACAAAUAUAAACAUCAUAUUUACUCUGUUCUAGUGAUUUUCCUGAAGGAGACAUACUUGUGUUUACCUGACUUACUUUUUGUAUUGUUGUGUAGUGUUGUUGUGUUUGCAGAUGAUUUAAAUGUUGUCUGUAUUUUAUUGUUAAUUUAACUGAGGACUGCCUACACAUCUUUUCCCUGGGACCAUUCACAGACAUCACAACAUACAGGCUUGAAUUUUUACAUUACUUUGCAUUAAGUAUUUUUAUUUUACUGUGUUUAAAACUGGUUGCACAUUGCCAUAAUUUGAAUGUUUGAAAGAAAAUGAAUAAUCAAACCUUUGGUUUGAGAUCUGUGUUCAUAAGGGGGGGAAAUAACUGAAAUUGCCAGUGACGGAACCAUUUCCAUUUGUUAUUUUCUACUUUUGGACGUUGUUUUUGUUUUAUUAUCAAUCUUAAGGAAAUGAGAAUACAUGUAAAUCGGGGGAACGUAUUUAUCACAGCUUUGCGUGGUUUAUAUUGACUUAAAUACUGUAAUAAAAAUAUACUGCCAUUCAUGUUA